AUGUUAUUUAGACAAAAGGAAAAAGUUCCUGAUAGAGGAAAAGAUAAUUUUCGUGAUUUUAUGAGAAGAGAAGGAGAAUCUUGUUAGUAAACUUAAAUGAAACUCUCAACAUUUAUACAUAAAACUGUUCCAAAUGAUUAAACAAAAUCUUAAUUAAGGUAUAUCAACCAUCAUUCCUAAGUUCUGCUCCAUAUGUUUUAGAUGGUUCAUUAAAAAUGUUUGGUAAUACAUGGGAUGCCAAACAUUUAGGAACAUUUCUUUAAAAAAGUUAAUUUGCUUCUAUUGAUGGAAAUCCUCUCAAAAAUACUGAACCAUUCUAAAAUAGCAUGAAAAAUUAAAGUUUUUUUUUCAGAAGCUAAUAAACUAGAAAUACAGAUAAUCAUGUUAUUAAUCUUCAUUAACAUACAAUUAAUCAUUUAAUUAGUGAUCAUCCAACCAUAAAAAAUGGAACCGAAUUUUUAGAAAAAAAACUACUUUCUGUACCUGAUAAAACAUUUGAUGAAUCUAAAUUAAAUUAUAUUACAGAAACAAAAUUGAAAAAACCCAAAGAAUAAUUUUAAGAUAUGGUAAUUGCUAAAGAAAAUAGAUUAAAAUUUCAAUAAUGGAGAUCAGAAUAUCAAGAUGUAAAUCGAGCAUUCAAAAAGGCUAAGUAAUGUUUUAAAAGUGGAUUGUAUGCUUUAGAUAAUCCAUUAAAUGAUAAUACUAAACUAUAUAAAGAAGAAAAUGCAAAAUUAAGAGGAAAAGAAUAAAAAAGUGUGAGAAACAAUUUGCAGAGAUAUAAAUGUAAUUAUCAAACUCAAUUACAUAGCACUUGAGAAAUUUAAUGCUAGUAAUCCUGCCAUUGAAUUUUAGAAUAUUGCUCAUAAACCAUUUAAUUCUAUAUAAUAAGAUCCUUUAUUAACAAAAAGUAGUUUCCCAUCAUAAAACUUUGAGUUACAUGAUUAAUGGAAGAAAAGAAAAAUGAUAGAAUAAAAUGUAGAUACAAAAAGUAGAAUAUUUGGUGAAAAUUCUUAAAAUAAAGUAAAUUCUCAAAGAACUGUCUUUUUGAGAGAAUAAGAACUUAGAGGCAAAAACUACAAUCCUGUGAACUUAACAAAAAGUUUAAUUGGUUGUUGA